AUGAAGGCAAUCGCAGCGAGCGCCGGAGCUCUGCUUUCGAUAGCUUCAAGCGCAAAUGCAUUGAGCUACACAAACGCGUCUGAGGUGCAUCUAUAUGGCCAGAGCCCGCCGGUGUACCCAACCCCCGAGGGCAAUGGCGGCGUUGAUGCUGCAUGGCAGGAUGCAUACGACAAAGCCCGCGCUUUGGUCGAGCAGAUGACCUUGAUCGAGAAAGUGAACAUGACACGAGGGCACACAGGCACCUGCGUUGGCAACACACCGGCCAUCGACCGCCUCGGGAUCAACGCACUCUGCUUCGCUGAUGCUCCGGAUGGCAUUCGCGGACAAGAAUCGUCUCCGACCUUCGAUCGAGACUUGAUGCAUCGUUAUGGCGUUGCUCUUGGCGAGGAAUACCGCGGCAAGGGAAUCAACAUUGCACUUCUCCCCGUCGCCGGUCCUCUCGGCCGCAAAGCCCGUGGUGGACGUAAUUGGGAAGGUUUCGGAGCUGAUCCAUUCCUCUCCUCUAUUGGUAUGGGUGAGGUCACGACCGGUCUGCAAGAGCAAGGUGUCAUAGCACAAAUGAAGCACUGGCUGUUGAACGAGCAAGAGUGGCGACGGAAUCCUGGUAUUCCCCAGGACAUUGGCGAGGCGAUGUCUUCCAAUGCGGAUGAUCGCACGAUCCAUGAGCUAUAUGCUUUCCCAUUCAUGGACUCGCUCAAAGCCGGUGCGGCUUCCGCUAUGUGCUCGUAUCAACGAGUGAACAACAGCUACGGAUGCCAGAAUUCGAAGUUGCUUAACGGGAUUCUCAAGACUGAGCUCGGGUUUCAGGGCUUUGUAACUUCGGAUUGGGCUGCUCAACACGCUGGUGUGGCCUCGGCGAACGCAGGUCUCGAUCUGGUCAUGCCUGACGGAGGCUACUGGGGUGACAACCUAACACAAGCUGUGACCAACGGAUCUGUAGCAAAGAGCCGUCUCGAUGACAUGGUAACUCGCAUUCUGGCUGCAUGGUACCAUCUCGGCCAGGAUCAGGACUUCCCGGAAGUGGGUGUCUACAACUAUGAUCAGCAGCAUGCUAUCAUCGACGUGCGUGGUGAUCAUGCCUCACUGAUCCGUGAGAUCGGUGCAGCCGGUGCCGUACUGGUCAUGAACGAGAACAAUGCUCUGCCACUGCAAAAGCCAAGAUUUCUUAACAUCUACGGUUAUGAUGCCAAGACUCCAGACUCACCUUGGACCACGCCAGCACGGUUUGGUGGUGGCUACGAUGUCAACUUCGGCUGGGAGAUUCUCAACGGCACUCUUGUCACAGGCGGUGGAUCAGGCUCAAACACUCCAUCAUACCUCAUCAGCCCCUUCGAAGCGAUUCAGCGGAGAGUGAUUGAAGAUCGUGGAAUGGUUCGCUGGGACUUCGCCAGUGUCAACCCGACUGUCUAUGCCAAUGCCGACGCCUGUCUCGUCUUCAUCAACGCUUACGCCUCUGAGUCUUUUGACCGCACUUCUCUCACCCACGACUGGAGCGAUCAGCUGGUCAAGAAUAUGGCAACGAACUGCUCCAACACAAUCGUCGUGAUCCACUCAGCCGGCAUCAGAGUCGUGGACGAAUGGAUCGAUCAUCCGAACGUCACUGCUGUCAUCUAUGGCCUCCUCCCAGGCCAAGAUACCGGCAACUCCAUCGUCGACAUCCUCUACGGUGACGUCUCCCCUUCAGGUCGACUUCCCUUCACAGUCGCCAAGAAGGAGAAAGAUUACGGUGACCUCUUGAACUCCACCAUCAGCUCUGGCCCCUUCCCACAAGAUAACUUCACAGAAGGUCUCUACAUCGACUACCGCCACUUCGACAAAUACAACAUCACACCACGCUACGAAUUCGGCUUCGGUCUCAGUUACAGUGACUUCUCUUACUCCGACCUCGUCAUCACAAAGACCAGCAACGCCACGUCCGAAUACCCGGCUAUCUCAUCUCCAAUCCCGCAAGGUGGUCACGCCGCUCUCUGGGACGUAAUCAUCGAGGUCUCCGUCAAUAUCACGAACACAGGCGCCGUCGCUGCCGCCGAGGUACCGCAAUUAUACGUUGAGAUCCCAGACGCACCGAAGAACCAGCUGAGGGGGUUUGAGAGAGUCAAGCUAGAAGUUGCAGAGAGCAAGACUGCUACGUUCCAGCUCAAGAGGAGGGAUCUGAGUAUUUGGGAAGUUGUGGCUCAGGAGUGGAAGUUGCAGAGUGGGAGGUAUCCGAUUUGUGUGGGUGCUAGUAGUAGGGAUGUUAAGUUGAUGGGUCAGUUUGAGAUUUAG